UGAUAUGCCAAGGUCAUCAAUAGAUUGACCACUUCGUUGGCGCAGUUUCCCGCAAUAAGCCCUCUAUCAUCGGAGUUUGCUUCAUUGCUUGCGCAAGACUGCAGAGCGAAGAUGGCAGAUCAUCGAGAAAAUGGCACUGUUCCAGCUAAAAUGAAGCGAAUUGGUGAACACAGACCAGUCACUGUAGUUUUGGGAACUCAGUGGGGAGAUGAAGGGAAAGGGAAGAUCGUUGAUAUGCUCGGAGUAGAUGCGGACUUGUGCUGUCGCUGUCAGGGAGGAAACAAUGCUGGUCACUCUGUGCACGUCCAGGACAAGCAUUAUGCUUUCCACCUUCUACCGAGUGGAGUUGUCUACCCUAGCUGUAAAGGUGUCAUCGGCAAUGGAGUGGUGAUACAUUUACCUGAUUUAUUUAAAGAAAUGAAUCGGAACAAGAUAGAACAGCUGGAGGAGCGUCUUGUUAUUUCUGACAGAGCUCACCUGGUGUUUGAUCUGCACCAGCAGGUGGAUGGUAUGCAGGAGUCUGGCAGAGGACAAAAAAGCAUUGGAACAACAAAGAAAGGCAUUGGCCCAACUUACUCUUCAAAGGCAACCAGGAAUGGUCUGAGGAUUUCUGAUCUCAUUGGAGAUUUUGACAAGUUCUCCGAAAAGUUCCGUCACUUGGUAGAGCACUAUAAGCAAAUGUUCCCGGAGAUCGAUGUUAAAGUUGAUGAGCAGCUAAAAGUGUAUAAGGACUUGCGUGAGCGUGUGCGUCCUAUGGUGAAGGAAACCGUGUCCUAUCUGCACACGGCUAUCAAGGAGAACAAGAAAAUCCUGGUGGAAUGUGCACAGUCCACCAUCCUGGACAUAGAUUUUGGUCUGUAUCCGUACGUGACAUCUUCCAACUGCUCUGUGGGUGGAGUGUGUACAGGUUUGGGCAUCCCACCCCAUAUGGUUGGGGAUGUCUUUGGAGUGGUGAAAGCCUACCUCACUCGGGUUGGUGCCGGGGGAUUUCCAACCGAACUACUGGAUGACCAGGGCAAGCUACUCCAGGAGCGUGGUGGGGAGUACGGAGUCUCAACGGGCAGACUUCGACGAUGUGGCUGGCUGGAUCUUGCCAUGCUCAAAUAUUCCAACAUGAUCAACGGAUUCAGCGGUUUGGCCGUGACAAAGCUGGACAUCCUUGAUGUGUUUGAAGAAAUCAAAGUUGGAGUAGCUUAUAUCUUGAACGGGCAGCGUCUUAACACCUUUCCAGCAUCAGAUGAUGAUCUCCAGAACGUUGAAGUGGAGUACCUGACCUUGCCAGGCUGGAAGGUGUCCACGGAAAAUGCCAGAAGCUUUUCAGAGUUGCCUCCUGAUGCUCAACAUUAUAUACGAACCAUUGAGUCUCAUAUUGGUGUGCCUGUACGAUGGGUGGGUGUUGGGAAAGACCGUGACUCUGUCAUCCCUAUACCUUGAGAUGGCAGCGAGUGAGCUGACUGCUUCUUGGUCCAACAGCUGCUGAUGUUUUUGUCUUUGGAGAUUUUAUGGGUUUAUUUUCUAACAUGUAUUCUACCUGUUUUGUGUGUAACACUGAGAUAUGGGUGACUGCAGCUGUGUGUGCUUUGCCCUUGGUUAGCUUGCCCCUUGUUUGACUUCUUUUUGUUUGAGGGUUAGUUCUGAGGAAAAAAUAUAUAUCAUGUUAUCUGUGUGAUGGUUGCUUUUGGGUUUGUUUUUUGGUUCUUUUUUUUUUUUUUUUUUUUUUUGGUUUCGUUCCAAUAUACUUAUGUUUUUCUUUGUAAGGAGAUGUAUACUUAAAGGUAUUUUCACAUAUCAUUUAGUGGUCUUUAAAAAAUUUUAGCAGCCUGUCUAGGUAAAGCUUUUAUAUGGCUCUAAUUGAAGCUUUAUAUUACUUCGAACGGGGAUGGGGGGGAGGGGGGGGGAAUUUUUGAUGUGCAUUGUUAUUUUUAUUUUACCUCGUUAUUCAAAGUGUGCUUGUUUUUUUAUUAACAUAACAUGUACUUGUACCAUGCCUGGUUUUGUACCUCAGCUCAGGGACAUGGCAUUGUAGACUGGUACCGGACAGUAUUCUGCAGCAGCUUAAGGCAGUCUUGGGAUACUGCUUAUAGGAUACCUCAUACAAAAUUGAGAGCAAACUGGAUGAAAACUAGCCAUGAAAUUCGGGUGUCCAAAAUGUGCAACUGAAAGAUAAAAAAGUAAUAGUUAAAGACAUCCAGGGUUAAAAACAUGAUGCAAUCAUUAAAAAAAAACAAUUUUUGUCAUCAAGUACAAUAUCUGGUCAAGUCAUUAGAGUUGAUAUGUUUGGAUAAAAGAUAAAUUAUUUUAAACAAAAUAUUAUUCUCAAUAUUGAAUUGCACAAUUGAUCCACAAACCUAGUCCUUCCCCAGAAGCAAGAAGCUAUUUUGACGUCCUCUCUCUAUUUUUGAGACGAACAAUGACUAUAGCUUGUUUACUUCUUGAAAAUUCUACCUCAUUGACUAAUUUGCAAAUGCACAAGGAAUUUCUGUAGGCCAGUGACCAAACAAAAAUAAUUUUUAAUGCAGUACAUCUCAUAUUAUUUUUUGACCCACUUUAGUCUAACAUCAAAGAAAAUAUUGGAACCUUUAGUUGCAAUGACCUGGGGGCCUCAUUAUUGGGCUUUUAUAUUCUGUUGGUCAUCCAUCUUUAACACCUGCAUGCAAAGACCUUAGACGAUAAAUAGGAGCGGUUUACUUUUAUCUUCUUGUUUUAAUCACAGGCAAACGAAAGUUAACAAGCUAUAGAUGCAGUUUAAGGAGUAGUCCUUGAGUUUCAAGUUUUUAAUGCAUGUACACAACCUGGCUUCUCUGUCUGUGAACUCCUUCCCUACUGCAAGCUGCAUGUUGCGGUUUGACCGAUUCUUUAUCUCUUCCCCUCAAGUUGUCAGACUCAAUACACCAUUAGUUUACUCUUGUUUUUAUCUUUCCUUGUUAUGAUAUGUUUUGUGGUGCUAAUUGGAAGGAAGUACAUUUCCCUGUGUCGUGGUAUAUAAGCUCAUUUGAGUUUCUGUUAAAAAAAUGUAGAAGAAAUUGUACAUUUUUACUUUUUUAAAGAUUCACGUGGAAGAAGUGGCCUGGGAAAAAUAUGCUAGAGAGAGUUUUUAUGGGUACCCUGUUGAAAAUAUAGCCUACCACUGGGAGAAAGCCUCAGUUUGACUAGCUACAGGAUAUCUGUUUGUACACAAGUAGUCAAGCCUGUAAGUGACCCAAGAGUUACGCAGCAAAAGACAUAAAUUACAGGAAAAACUAUAGGUCUAUUUUUCGUUAUGUAUAUUAUAUAUCACUAGGUCUUUCUGUGUGCAGCCUAGUACUCUCUUGUUGUCCAACUGAAUCUCAGUGGCCCAAUAUAUUUUUAUCAUUAUGUAAUUAUUGGGGGAAGGUUGAUGUAUCAUCUAUUCAUGAGUGUGCUAUACAAAAGUAACAGAGCGUCCAAAUAAAGUGGUGUGUCCUCUCUUGAAAUAACAGUUUUGUUGCUUGGAAUGUUUACAUCAUAUGGUUGGAGAGUUUUAUUUGAGUCGCCAUCACCAAAAAGAGACAGUUGAGUGCAACGAUAAAUGUUGAGACAUUUUGGCCACCACACAAUGGGAGUAGACACUGUAAAUGUUGGUGUCUAAAUCACUCGGGUGCCCCAUUCGAUAGAGUAAUCAAGUGGAAGUGAAUACACUGUAGAUAUUGGUAUGUAGAGCACUCGCACUCAAUCUGAUGGAAUAACUAGAGACAAUGUAGAUUUUGGUGUCUUCCGCAUUCGAAUACUUCACACGAUGGAGUAGUCAAUAGGAUGCAAUGUAGAGAUAUAUUUUCCUAGAGCACUCAUGUUCAGUUUUGCCAAGUGAAAGGAGUUGGUCACAAGAAUGAAGCGGUGUGGAUUAUUCUUCACUGGUGUCUUAUAAUAAGAGAUAAGGGUUGAUGGCAGGAACGUUUUUUACCUUGUGCUUUUCCCAAAACCAUUCAGAUGUGACCUUUUAAAAAAUUCUUUUUCUCUGUCAGGGAGAUUUCUUUCAUGUCCCUGUUUAAUCAACUGACUGAUGCUGUCUCAUUUUUUUCCCUUUAAUAUGCAGUGGUUUUUGUCCUGCUUUUGAAAAAUGGAAUUCUUUAAACUGAAGAAUGGUUUAGUCUUUGCUGGGCUGUAGAUAAAAAUUUAUAUUUUCAAAAAGAAAGAAGAAAACCAUUUGAUUUUGAUGGUAGUGUCUUUAUGAAUUUAAAAAACAAACAAACAGAAAUACCUUAAGCCUUAGGUAUGUACACUAAAAUGUGCAUAAAAUGUUAAUAUUUCAUGUUCAUAAGGACAGCUAUGGACAGUUUAUUUAGCAAAAAUGGUCACAAUUAUAUGUAAACAGCAAUGUCCUGAACUUGUUUUGAUAAAGUGCUUUGUAUUGUUGUGUUGGAGUAUUGUCUGCAACCUGGUCUAGGUGUGGUUUGACAUAAAAUGUCUUGUGAAUGAGAAUGGUAGAAUUGAUCAGGCUUAUAAACCAUGAAUCAUAAAUGAAGUAUGUGUACAUCCAGUUUUAUUUUUUUAAGUAGUUCUUUUUUGUGUGUGUUUUGUUUUGAAUUAUAUAACUUUUAAUUAAUUUUUUCUAUUCUGGUUAAUCACACUUGUAUAUAUAUCUUUGUUCUUGUCAACUUCAGUUACUAUUCAAUUGAUGAUUUCAGUGUGAAAUGUUAAAAACAUUUUGAGUAUUUGCUCACCAAAAGAGAUUGAUCUACUGGUUGGUGUUUGGAAAAAAAAUCUUCUUAGUGCAGGAUGCAUUGCAACCCCCUGUGCUUUUGACAUCGCCUCUCAAACCGAGAAGGGUGAAAUGUAUUUCUUUUGUUUUGGCAGCAAUUUAUUGGUUCACUCUCUUUUUAUUUUUGAAGUGAUCGUCUGGUGGUUGGUGGAAAUGAGAAGAGAUUAAUAUACUUUAUGACUAUGCUCUACUCUGUUUGGUUUGCAAAGGUUUUUGUUGUGACAAUGGAAUUUUACGACACUCUGACUUUUAAAAACUUUCUUAACUAACUGAAGACUGAGGUCUCGCGAGGCGCACAACCCCUGAAGACGACUGACGUUUUUGAGGGUUUUAUUUUAAAAAUCAUAACUUUACUUAGAAUUGUUCAAUUGCUCUGACCUUUUCACACAAGUAAGAGACAUUUGUGUUUUUUCAAAUAAAACAAAUUUUAAUGCUGUAUCUUUUAUACUUUAAAAAAAAAUGAAUUUUUGAAAAGCACAUGAAUUUUGGUUUUCUUAAGAAUCUUUUUUAGCUUACCCUUCCCUUUACUCACACCAGAUCUACUUACACUAAGUUACACUUUUACUAACAGAAAUAUCACUGUCAGGCCUUUUGCGCCUCUGAGGUGUGAAUUCUGGAUCAUUAGGAUGGCUAAGUUUACUUUCUGAUGAACUAGACUCAUUGAAAACAUAAAAAAUGUUGCUAGGUUUGCUGCGUACGCGUACACUCGAAGUCUGCAUGGGGGCAGCCAUUUUCCCUAGAAUUGACGUUUGUAAUAUCCUGAGUGACAUCCCCUAAAAGUUUGUAUUAAAAGAAGUUCUACCCCCACUUCAGCGAAACUUCGCACGAAACGAAAGAAAUGGAUGCACCAGCGCUGACAACGAUUCCCGAGGCUCUCUUGGGAUUACGAAAAGUUCGAAAAAAUGAUAAAGCUGGUCCUGUGGGGGUCACGGGAUCCAGCAUCAGUGACUUAAAGGAGAAUGAAAUGUUUUUAUUUUUGUCUUUUCUAGUUUUCCUUUGGGGGGCAUGAUAAGAUUAUGAGUGCUGGACACCUUUUUCUACCAUGGUUCUCAUUCCCUUUGCUAGAGAUAUGAUUUUAUUCUUUUGUGGAUUGAUUUGUGAUAAUCUGUUGCCAUUGUGAAUGCUCAUUUGAUGUUACUUGCAUCGAUGUGUGACGUACAUUCAAAUCUUUGUCUGACCUAAUACAUUUUCAUUUUCAUUCAUACUUAUAAUCCUGUAUUGUUCUUAGUGUUAUCCUGCUGAAAAAUAGGAGUUUGUUUUUGCUUACAUGUAUACAGUGUACACUCUGGCUAUGAAUGUUUGUUCGGGUUUCUUCAGUGAAGUGUAAUUUUGUACUGAAAAUUAGCUUAUACUUACAUUGCUUUAUUUACCUAUUCAGUCAUUGUGUAAGUUAACACUACCUUUUCAUAGGCUUCCACAAAUAUCGCAAGCUUAGUGCUAUCUUGUACUUACUCCAUUUUUCUGGUUUCGAAAAGACUCUUUGUAAGUCAAAAUAUUGUCGACGGCAAACCAGCAACAUUUUGUCAAUUUUUUACUGUGAAAUUAGUACCGAGGGGGUUUUACAUGGACGGAAUUAACAUGAACCUAUAGAUUAUGGUUAUAUUUUUGACUUGUUAUUUUGGAAAGAAAGGAAGGACAGAGUUAUAUAGUCGCAACAACUGGAGUGAGUACAAAAAUGAUUUUAAAAUUCUGCAGUUAAUCAACAAGCGUAAGUGUGAUGGUUUGUAACUGAAAGGGGAGAUUUUUCAACACCUUUACAGUUGUGACAAAUGCUCUCAAUAGUUGAAAAUUGUAGUUACAAGAUAGCACCAAGUAGGCAAGAUGUAGAUGAAUCUCUAGAUGGAAGUCCGUAUCAAUAUGCUGAGUGAUCAGUGUCAGUAAAUUCUGGGUGUUGGCAGAGAAAAGAGGAUGGUCACAAAUGUGAAGAGUAGUGUUUUUGUUGAUUUUUUAAGCAGUAGUAGUGAAGGCAUGAACACACACCUUUCCAAAAGUAAUUGACAGGGAAAAAUGAACCAUGAAUCAAAGAAGGCGAAAACACAGAAUGAUGGAAGGGAGUAAAGAUUGUGUGGGCAACAACAUUGUAGUAAGGUCAUAGUAAUGGCUUUUUAUAUUAUAUGAAUAUAAUGUAUUUUUGUAACAAUAUAAUUCAAGUUCAUAGUAGUAAAGUAUUGCAACUUGGUUGGUAAAUAUGUGUUAAUGUAGUAAUUAGAAUAAUGGGAACAAAAGGAUAAGUAGAAGGGUGAAAUGUUAAGCUUGCUGAUCUAGUGUUGAAAUGAGUAUACAAACACCCCCUUUUAUUCUCCCGAUGACAACAUUUGUCAAAUUAUGUUACCCAGUCUGUUCGCCAUUCAGUAUCACUCGUGUUAACCUGUACCCCAUCUGCUGUUCACAUCUGGCUGUGUACACUGUCUGUGGCACAUUGUCAUUACUUUGUCCUUUUUUCAUUACACAGUUACUGGAGUCAGCUCUCCCCCUCCAAGUUUCUACUUUUUGAUAGUGCAAAAUUGUCUUGCUGUUGGUUUCAUAUCCUCAGUAUAAGAUCGUUGUCUCCUGUAACACAUUUUCAUUUUUGUUCAAGUCAUAAGGUUGAUGAAGAUCUUUCAUAAGCACUGUUUUUUUUCCCCGUCAAGUUUUCUUCCAACAACAAAAAAUAUUUUUGCAGUUGCUUUGACUUCAGCAAUUGUGUUGUGAAUGUGACAAUAUGGAGGCCUUUCCCCAGCUUCCUUUUGUGAUGUCGGCUUAUCUGUGUGCAAGUCCAUCAAGUAUUCCACACCCACGCCGUGUGAUAUUUUGUGUUGAAAAUAUGACCGAACUGAGAUGUCAUGUUACCCAGAAUAAAAUAUUAUUCUUUCUUUUUU